GUUAUCUGUGUCAAAUUAAAAGUCCUGUCAAGAUUUAUUUUUUUCACUCUGGGUCAUCAUGCUGCUCGAUAUUAACAGUUAAACUCCUCACUUUUUUCGCGAAUGCUAAACAAGUUGUUUACAAGAAGGAGAGAAUGUGAACUUUUAAUCAGUGAUCAGAAGCGUCUUCCUCGAAUUUCCAACUUGUUUACGCCGUAGCGCCAGCGGAGCUGCUUUCGAGGAGGAAGGUAUUUCCCCUCUGAUCUCACCCCCGUUGACUCGCCUGGGCUGCAUCACUGGAUCAUCUGGAUGUGUGUGUGCUGACGACGCGGUGUGUCCAUGCAGCCAGCCUCUGAGCGGAUAAAUGCCUAACUGUGUCGCUUUACCGUCGCCAAAAAGGACUCCAUGUCUUUCUUGGACUGUUCCUGCAUCUCCCACGCUCAGGUCCAGCCCGUGGGCGUAGAGGAGCACUAUGAGGACAGCAGCCACCAGUUCCUGAGCUCCGACAUCUCUGAGUACACUCUGCCAGGGCCCACGGGCGGAGAUGACAUCACAGGGCUGUCAGCCGAGCCAGCCCACUACCAGCUGCUGGCUGAGCUGGGGAGGGGCUUCAAUAACCUGAGCCAGGUGAGCAUGGCACGCCACAUCCCCUCCGGCCAGCUGGUGGCAGUCAAGCACACCAACCUGGAUGAGUGUACCGAGGAAGAGCUGCUGCAGCUCAUGAAUGAGGUUCUGCUGUCCAGGCUGUUCCGGCACCAAAACCUGCUGACCUCUCGUCUGGUUUUCAGCUCCUGUUGCCAGCUCUGGGUCCUGACGCCACUCAUGGCCUACGGCUCUGCAGACACCUUACUGAGGACAUAUUUCCCAGAUGGGAUGAGUGAAUCCUUGAUAGCAUACCUGCUGUAUGGUGUGCUGAAGGCGCUGGAAUACCUGCACCAGAUGGGCUACGUCCAUCGGGGGGUGAAGGCCAGUCAUAUCCUGCUGUCAGGGGAGGGGCGUGUCUACCUCUCAGGGCUGCACAGUGUUUACAGUAUGAUGCGGGAGGGGAAGAGGGUGAGGGCGGUGUUCGACAUGCCCCACCACAGCCCUGCCCUGCUGCCCUGGCUCAGCCCUGAACUGCUACGACAGGACCUGCAUGGGUACGGAGUGAAGUCAGAUAUCUACAGUCUGGGCAUCGUGGCCUGUGAGCUGGUCAGUGGCAGGGUGCCUUUCCAGGACAUGCCGCCCACCCAGAUGCUGCUUCAGAAGCUGCGUGGCUCCCACUGCUGCCUGCUGGACGUGGCUCCCUUUCCCCUGGGAGAGCUGGGGGGGCUGAAGGUAUCGCGCUCCGGCGUGGACUCCGGCAUCGGGGAGAGCGUGGUCACCGGGAGCCUGACACACAGCGCCACCGCACCCCCCGCCGACCGACCUCAGAGCCCGGGACCCAAGAACCACUCGGCCACCUUGCACAACCUGGUGCAGCUGUGUCUGCAGCAGCAGCCUGAGCGCAGACCGUCAGCAUCUGCACUGUUGACCCAUGCCUUCUUCAAGCAGGUGAAGAGGCACACCAGAGACUCCUUCCUCAGCCUCAUGUACCCGGCGGUGCCCCUGACCAGCCCUGAGGACCCUCCCAUAUCCUGCCCGCCGACACCGUCCUGCCACGCCCCGAUAUCGCCCACCGUCGACACCGCCGAGGCCGUGUGGGACUUCUCCUAACCCCGCUCCAUCAUGGCCUUCCCAAAUCUCCCAAUCCCAACUAGCAAGCCAAACUCAAGACAAUCAAAGUAAAGCAAUGAGGCCAAAUUCUACUGUGCUUUCUUUUUACUUUUUACCAUUAACCCGACUCUCUGAGCCUUUUUAAAGUAGUUUUGUAGUGGUUUUUUUUUAUUAUUAUUAUUUUAUAUAUUUUUUUUGUUUGAAACAAAUAUGGGUUUGGGGGUUUUGAGGCAACUGUGAAAGUGCUGGAUCAAAGAAGCUGCUCUGAUCAUAUAAACAGGAUCUGUAAUGAUGAUGGAUUAUCAUCCAGUAGGAGCCGCCCCCUCUCAGUGAGUGACAGGAGGAUGGGCCAAUCACUGGACUAAUAAUUACAACUUCCUCUGUGGUAAAAGGGCAACUAGUGAGUUAAAGGAAAAAUCCACCAUACUUAAAUACUGUU